UGUUGUCACAGUUGAUUUGUUGAUUUGUUCGUCUGUUCGUUUGUGCUUUUGUUCUUUGAAAGUCCUGUUCGUAAUUUACGUCAAGAAUUGAAAAUAAAUACAAAUAGAGGCGAGCAAAAAUUGAAAAAGUGAAUCUGGCUAAACUCAAAUAAUUUAAUGGCAAUAUCUAAUGGAGAGAGAUUUUAUGUAAAAUCCGACGGAAGCUUUUUUAAAUUUUGGAAUUUACUGCGGUAGCGCCAAUAUUCUAAUCUCCUAUAAAAAGUGUUCUAUCUUUUACAAAGUCCUGCCGUAAAAACAAAAACAACAAAUGCACGUAUUUGGUACAUACAUACAUAUGCACGUAUAAGUAUGUAUGUAUGUAUGUAUAAACAAACAGAAGCAUUAAAACCAGCCUACUUUCAAACAAGCUGCCUUCAAUUUUGCCUUGCCGCAGAUUGGGUGCAUAAACAGACAUACAUACAUGUAUUCAUUAAAAAUAUUUACCUGCAUUAGGAAAAUAUUUUGAUUUCUAAAGGUGCAAAAAUACGCGUGUUCGAUUUUUUUAACGUUUCAUAUGAAAAACACAUAAUUUACCUCAAGUUAUUGCCACUUAAAUUCAUCAAGUUAUUGGUAUGAUUACGAAAAUAAAUGUAUUGGUAUACAUAUACGUAUGUGCGCGCAUACAUACAUAUACAUGCGUAUGUGUGUAGAGCGCAAGUAAUUUACUUAAACAAUUUCAAUAAUUCUGUUUAGCAAGACAGACAUACAAAUUUGUUUCUGAACCAAAUUCCUCCUGCCAUCCGUACAUGCGUACAUAUGUGUGUGUGUACGAGAAUGUUUCUCCUUUUUGUACUAGUUAAUAAAUAAAUACUGCAGCUCAUCGACCUAACGGCUUAUUUAGGGCGCACGUCGGCUGCAUAAAGAGUCCAGAAUAUUUUGCCAUCGCGAUUCUGAGGUGAUAUUAAUGAAAAAAUGAACAGCUUACGACCGACGAGCAUUUCUGACGCGGCACUGCUGCAACGACUGGAGAGUCAGAGUAGUAACAGUGAGCCUUCAUCGCCGACGCUACAAGCGGGUGUUCCUCAAACAUCGGUGCUCCAUAUACGAAAUACACAGAUAGCAAAGGUUGAUACAACAGCGACGAGAUCUCCGCCACUGCCAAUCAACAACACUCAAUAUAAAAACAACAAUAACUUGGCUUUGCCAUUCCCCGGUUUCAUGAACGAUGGUGGUGGCUCAAGUGGGCUUACGAAAAUAACAAAAACGGAUUACCGAAAUGGAGUGGGAAAAAUUUGCUGUCGCAUUGGAUCGGAUCUAAUGAUUCUGGCAUGUGUGGCACUACCAGUAUUGGCAUUUCAACUUUGGGGCGUCUCUUACAAGCGUGGAUUUUUCUGCGAUGACAAAACCUUAAAACAUCCGUACAAACGAAGUACAGUCAGUAAUUGGAUGCUAUUUGUGAUGUGUUUCAUAGUUCCAAUAUCAAUCAUUACGGCAGUCGAGUUCUUCGUUUCACACUACAACAGAAGUCAUGGACUGGUCAAUAAGACUUUUGAACGAUAUUACAUUGGGCGGUUAGAAAUUGCAGACUGGAUUGUGGAGUGCUACAAAAAAAUUGGGCUUUUGAUUUUUGGUUCCGGUGUAGGUCAAUUAACAAUGGAUAUCGCCAAGUAUACAAUUGGACGUUUGCGGCCACAUUUUUCCACUGUCUGCCAACCCGUUUUGGCUGACGGUACCACUUGUAAUGACGCUUUUAAUGCAGGUCGUUAUGUGCAGGAGUUCUCCUGCACUGGAAAUGCUACUCCACGUAUGCUAAAACAAAUGCACCUCUCUUUUCCCAGUUCUCAUGCGUGCUUUGCCUGCUUCACUAUGAUUUACAUGACGAUCUAUUUAGAGAAUCGCAUGACUUGGAGAAGAUGUAAGAUGCUUCGACACUUCAUUCAAUUUCUGCUGCUUAUGUUCGCGUGGUAUACUGGGUUGACACGUGUUUCCGAUUACCAGCAUCACCCGACGGACGUAUUCGCCGGAUCGGCGAUCGGUGCUUUAUAUGCUAUUCUGUUGAUGAAGACAAUGUGUUGGCCAGUUGCUAAUGGCGGUAUACUUGGAACUAGGAAAAUUCUCCAAUAGCAUUUUAUUUACACUACAUAAUUAAGAGUUGAAAUGUAUUUAAUUAAAAUUUUAUUAUUAUUCAUCUGAACUUUAAUCGCAUAUUAUCAGGAACGCAUUUCUAUUACUUACA